CAAAAAUCAUAGUUUAACACACGCGGCAAAAUAUUCAAACAUCGCUCAACAAAUUUCAACAGACAAACAUGGCAGAUAGCAUGAUUUACUUUCUGGUACAAUGGGAGGAUUGCUAUAUGAGUGUCAUUUCAUCCGAUAGCGUUCUUUUGCCGAAGAAAAACUCAAAAUGGGACUACGAAGAGGGCGAUCUAAUUGAGGCUGUUUACAACAGAGGGAAGUCGUACCAGGCAGUGAUUAGCGAGGUCCAUCGUUCGCCAAAGUUCUCAGCAGAGGUCAUUGUGGCAAACAAAAGAACCUCAAGAAGAGAAAGCCCAGAUGUGAUCAAGGAAGAAAUACGGGCACUGAGGAGGAAGAUAAGGAAGCUUGAAGAUAGGGUUGUGGCACUCGAGUCAGGUGGUUCCAGUCAGCAGGAUAAUCUAUUAAAAUUGGUUUCCCACCUGGAUGCUAAUGAUGUCCAGCAAGUUUUAUCAACACUAUGCAAAGCUAUAUUCUCAAAUGAGGAGUUGAUGAACUGCAGCAGAACAGGGAAGAGAACCAAUCAAUGUUCUGAGAGAGGGCCACACCCACCUUUGGACAUUGUUAAGGUUGAAAAGCUGGAGCAUUUAGUGCGUGAAAAAACUAACAUAAGCAAAGAUUGCUUCAUUAAAAAGUUCGAAAAUAUGCAGAAAACGAAAACACUGCGCCAAAAAAAGAAGCAAUAA